UUUUUUUUUCUUCGAUUUCUUUUCCUUCUAUUUCUUUGUCGGUCAAAUUUAGUCCUUCCUUCACUUUUUUCUUGCACUUUUUCUUUUUGAAUCUAUCUGAACCACAUCAAUACUUAUCAGACAUAAAAGUGGAGGAGAAAAAAAAAACUAUAUAAUGUCUAUCAAGAACCAUGAAGAAGGCAUGCAAUAUCGUUAUUUAGGAAACUCGGGUCUAAAAAUAAGUGUUUUAUCACUUGGCACUUGGAUUACUUUUGGAGGACAACUUACACCAGAACAAGCUACCGAAAUAGUGAAAACAGCAUUGGAACUUGGUAUUAACCAUUUUGAUGUAGCGGAAAGUCAUUCAGGUGGACAAGGAGAAAUUGAUCUUGGUUUAGCAUUACGGAAUCAAAAGGGUUUACGACGCUCGGAUUUUGUCAUUUCAACCAAAGUGUUUUGGGGUGGCAAAGGACCUAAUGACCGUGGGUUGUCAAGGAAACAUGUGUUUGAAGGCACGGUGGCUUGUUUGCAACGACUUCAGCUGGACUAUGUCGAUGUAUUAUAUGCCCAACGUCCAGAUCCUGAUACCCCUAUGGAAGAAGUGGUCCGGGCUUUUAAUUGGUGCAUAGACAAGGGAAUGGCUUUAUACUGGGGAACAAGUGAAUGGCCGGCCUAUAUGAUUGUAGAAGCUAUGAUGAUUGCCAAACAAUUGAAUUUGAUUGCUCCUAUUACUGAGUCACCUCAAUAUAAUAUGCUGAAUAGGGAACGAGUAGAGAAAGAAUAUUGUCCAAUGUAUAGUCAAUUUAAAUUGGGAAUUUGCACUUGGUCACCAUUAGCAUCAGGCUUACUUACUGGGAAAUAUAAUGAUGGAACGAUUCCUCCCUUUACAAGAUUGGCUAUACAAGAUCAUCCUGUGAUUAAUCGACUGCGUGUUGGUUAUUAUAGUGAAGAAGGACGAAGAAAAUUGGAAAAGAUCAAAAGGGUGUGCGAACUUGCUCAUAGGAUGAAAUGUACACCUGCACAACUUGCCAUUGCUUGGUGUUUGAAUUAUCCACAUGUGACAUCUGUUAUUAUAGGUGCAUCCACUCCUGCUCAAGCCAUAGAAAAUAUUCAAGCUCUCAAGAUUCGAUCUCAAUUGACAGAAGAAAUCAUGCAAGAAUUGGAAAAGUUAUUGGCCAACAAACCUGAACCAGUAUUUGAUUUCCGGAAAUCAUGAUAUCAUUUAUAUUGGAUUAGUUUUUAUAUAUUAUAAAUAAAUAUACUAUUAAAAUGUUUUAUUCGCGUUUA